UAAGAGCCGAUGGAAAGUGGCAAUGUUGUGAAUGCGCAACCUGAAUUAUCAGGCAUAAGUAAGAAAUUUUGACUUUUUAUUUUAUUUUAUUGAAAACCUUUUUUUUUUGUUAUAAUGUUUUGGUAUUUGUUCAGCAGUUGAUGGAUCCAAGAGAUAUAUGUACGAGCAGUUAUGGAAACUGUGUGCUGGACCUUUGUGUGAUAUUCCAAAAAUUGGAGAAAAAGUUUAUUACUUUCCUCAAGGCCACAUAGAGCUUGUUGAGGCAUCUACAGGAGAAAAGUUGAAUGAGUUACAACCAAUUGUUGAUCUUCCUUCUAAGCUUCAAUGUCGUGUUAUUACUAUUCAGCUUAAGGUGGAAAGAAAUAGUGAUGAGACUUAUGCUGAGAUCACUUUGAUGCCAUAUACAACUCAAGUUGUAAUCCCUACUCAGAAUGAAAAUCAAUUUAGGCCAUUAGUUAAUUCCUUUACAAAGGUUUUAACAGCCUCAGAUACAAGUGCCCAUGGUGGAUUCUCUGUUCCGAGAAAACUUGCCAUUGAAUGUCUUCCUCCGCUGGAUAUGUCUCAGCCUUUACCGGCACAAGAACUUCUUACUAUAGAUCUCCAUGGUAAUCAAUGGAGAUUCAAACACAGCUAUAGAGGUACACCGCGAAGACAUUUGUUAACAACAGGUUGGAAUGCAUUCAUAACAUCCAAAAAAUUGGUUGCAGGGGAUGUUAUUGUAUUCCUUAGGGGAGAGACUGGAGAGUUACGAGUUGGUAUCAGACGAGCGGGAUAUCAACAAGGGAACAUACCUUCAUCAAUAAUAUCAAUAGAAAGUAUGAGACAUGGAGUAAUUGCUUCUGCAAAGCAUGCUUUUGAUAACCAAUGUAUGUUCAUUGUGGUUUACAAGCCAAGGUCAAGUCAAUUUAUUGUCAAUUACGAUAAAUUCUUAGACGCCAUGAACAAUAAGUUCAAUGUCGGGUCAAGAUUUACAAAGCGGUUUGAGGAAGAUGAUUUCUCUGAAAGAAGAUAUUUCGGGACAAUUAUUGGAGUUAUUGAUUUCUCUCCUCAUUGGAAAUGUUCAGAAUGGCGUAGCUUAAAAGUGCAGUAGGAUGAAUUUGCAUCGUUUCCGAGACCUGAUAAAGUUUCCCCAUGGGAAAUAGAAUAUUCAACGCCUUCGUCAAAUGUUCUCCGGUUAUCUAUGCUUAAGAACAAAUGUUCACGAGAAUUUAAUGAAAUCGGUUCUUCAUCAUCACACCUCUUGCCUCCUAUAUUGACACAAGGACAAGAAAUUGGACAACCAAGCAUGACCUCCCCGAUGAAUGUUCCUCUUAGUUAUCGUGAUGCAAUUGAAGAUAAUUCGACUCCUUCUAGGUUGCUAAUGAGCUACUCUGUCCAAACAAUGUCCCGACUAAAUUACAAUAACGAUCAAAUGGUUACACCAAUUAUAGAAGGAAAUAUAACAAACAAUGGAGGCGCUAGUUGUAGAGUGUUUGGAGUCUCUCUUGCCACUCCACCAGUGAUCAAAGAUCCCAUUGAACAAAUGGACUCAUAUCCAAACUCAGAGAUUUCUAAACUUUCCCAAGAGAAAAAGUUUGGUCUAGGCCAAAUGAGAUCACCAAGAGAGAUCCAAAGCAAGCAGCUGAGUUCUACCAGAACAUGUACCAAAGUUCAAAUGCAUGGUGUAGCACUAGGAAGAGCUCUUGAUUUAAGUGUUCUUAAUGGAUAUGAUCAGCUAAUACUGGAAUUGGAGAAACUCUUUGAUCUCAAAGGCCAGUUGCAAAACCGCAACCAAUGGGAAAUAGCUUUCAAAGACAAUGAAGAAGAUGAGAUGCUUGUUGGAGACGAUCCAUGGCCUGAAUUCUGCAACAUGGUGAAGAAGAUAAUCAUAUAUUCAAAUGAGGAGGUCAAAAACUUUUAAGUCCGGAAACAGUCUCUCAAAUUGAAUCAAUAAUCAAAACAUAUGUAAUAAAAAGGGGUAGAAAAUGUUAUCGGUGUUUAAGUCCAGAAACAGUCUCUCAAAUUGAAUCAAUAAUCAAAACAUAUGUAAUA